AUGGGUGGGAAUGACGGCAAGACCAUCAUCCCCGUCGGGCACAACAUCAAACCCCCCGACAAACAGGACCUCAUCUACUCCGCCGACUCUCCCGACUUCUGUCAGGCCAACCGAAAAACCGGCUCGCCAGGGACUCGGGGCCGCGUGUGUAACAGCACGGCGAUGGACGUGGGAGGAUGCGACCUCCUGUGCUGCGGCAGGGGGUACCGGGAGGAGACUGUGGUGGUGGAGGAGAGCUGCCUGUGCCGCUUCCACUGGUGCUGCGUGGUGAACUGCAAUAAAUGCACGGUGAGAAAAGAGCUCAGCAUGUGCUUGUGA